AUGAAAGACAGAUUUCAAGAACUCAAACAAUAAGCAAAAGAAUUUGAGCUCUCUAGAGAUCAUAAACCUACUACAGAGACAGCAGAACAUGAGUUUUCACAAACAGCUAUCAUUUAUGAAAGAGAACCUAUACCUGAGAGAUAUCUACAUGACAUCCAAAGACUUCAGGAGAUUUUUAAUAAUUUGGCAGAUGUUCAAAGAUCUGGUCAGCAGCAAAAGAGACUGGAAGCUUCCGUGAAAAGGUUCAGUCUUAAGAAGGAAUCUAGUCUUACAAAAGAAAUAAAAACCCAAGCAGAGCAUAUUAACAGAGGCUUAGAUGAUUUGUUAAAAGUUAAAAAGUGAGAAGUUGAAAGUGGUCCUUUAUUAGCUGUCACAAGAAUUCUUAAAUCUCAAUAUACUGCCAUGUUCCAACAAUUCCAGGAUACCAUGUUUAUGUAUAAUGACACAAUAGCAACAAAGCAGGAAAAAUGCAAAGCAUUCAUUAUUUGUCAGCCUGAAGUUGGAAAAGAUGUGUCUGAAGAAGUGAAUGAUAUGCUUCAACAAGAAAAACAGGAAAUAGGAAAUUUUUAAUUAAGUCUGCUCACAGGCAUCAACAUCACUAAAGUACAACUAUCUGAAAUUGAUAGACACAAAAAACUUAUUCAUUUGGAGAGCCAGAUAAAAGAUUUAAAAUACCUUUUUAUUCAGAUAUCAUUUUUAGUAGAGGAGCAAGGAGAAAACAAUAUUGAAAAGACAGUAAGUAAUACACAGGAGUAUUGUGACAAAACAAGAAAGGAAUUUAAACUAGCUAGAAACUAAAAAAAAAAAAACUCUUGCAAAGUUUCGUGUUGCUGGUGCUGUCCAUGUUGCAGCUAA